GUAUAUAAGCUAUGAAGCUCAGUACACAGUGAACUGUAUUCCUCAGGUGUUUAUCAGAUAUGGGAACUUACAUUGUUUGGAUUUCCUCAGUGCUAGCUGUCGCUGUCGCUGACGGCAACCGAGAAAAACGACAGGGAUUGUCACUGGAACCGGGCAACUGGCCGAGCUGUCAAUCGGGGGCUGCAAGACCCUAUACGAGAGUGAACACGACAGAUAGAGUUGCGGCCCUUAGAACAUAUUUUGCAUCGUCGAGGAUUCAGGCUUACCUCGUUCCUAGCGAAGAUGCGCACCAGAGCGAGUAUCCGUCGGGAUAUGACAAGAGGCGUGGUAACAUUUCCGGCUUCACGGGAUCCGCAGGUUUCGCGGUGGUAACGAUUGACAAGCAGGCGCUGUGGACGGACGGCCGCUACUUCCUGGAGGCGGAGGACAGCCUCGACUGCAGCUGGAUUCUUAUGAGACAGCGAGAGACUGGCGUCCCCACGAUGGUUGAGUGGCUGAAGACUCAACUGUUAAGCGGCGAAAAGCUGGGUGCCAGUCCAUUCCUCGUCAGUAGCGCAACGUGGAAAACCUAUUCGGACGACCUAAGGAAGGCGGGUCUAGCGCUUGAACCAAUAGAUAAUGAGUUGAUUGACGAGUUCUGGCAGACCGCAAACGGAAGACCAUCUCAGCCGGACACGCCAAUUAAUGCACUUCCUAUUCAGUUCGCGGGCGUCUCGUGGCAAGACAAGGUGAAUAAUAUGCGCACCAAAAUGACUGCGGAAGGAACAGACAUGCUGGUUGUAACUGCUUUAGAUGAAACGGCGUGGUUGUUCAACCUGCGAGCGAGCGAUAUAGACUACAAUCCCUUCUUCUUGUCGUAUGUCAUAAUAGAAAAAAACACGACGAAGCUGUACAUAUUUAACCAUACUCACAAACUUACCGCCAAACUGACGGGCAAUGAUACCAAAAUGAACCUAGCAGCACACCUGAAUACCAAUGAUAACGGCACAUGCACAGGGCGUGCGGACAUGUGCGUAGAAGUGAAGUUGUACGAUCAAACUCAAAUCAAGGCGGAUGUCUUUGCAAGAGCUGAGUUAAGUAAUAAGGUGUGGCUGGGAUUCUCGUGCAAUCAAGCCAUCUAUUCUGCCGUUCUAGAGGGCAAAAUUCUUCAAAAGAACACUCCAAUUGCAACAACAAAAACCAAGAAAAAUCCCACAGAAGUAGAGGGCAUGAAAAAAUCUCACAUUAGAGACGCUGUUGCAUUGAUCUCCUUCUUAGAAAAACUCGAACGAGAAGUAAAAGCUGGUCAACCAUGGACCGAGCUGUCAGCCGCCAACGAUUUGAAAACAUAUAGAUAUGCGCAACAAUUCAACCGUGGACUCAGUUUCACUUCAAUAUCCAGCUCGGGUUCAAAUGGGGCCAUUAUUCACUAUUCUCCUUCGAACAUGACUGAUAAAAGCAUUACAACCUCGGAAGUGUAUUUGCUGGACUCAGGCGGACAAUACUUGAAUGGUACAACUGAUGUUACUCGAACAUUCCAUUUUGGCACCCCAACUUCUUACCAGAAGGAGUGCUAUACCAGGGUGCUGAUGGCACAUAUCAAUCUCUUCCAGGCCAUCUGGCAGAAAGGCGUCUACGGACGGGAAAUAGACGCCUUCGCCCGGGCUCCACUGUGGGAUGUUGGCCUGGUAUACCGGCAUGGUACAGGGCACGGCAUUGGGAUGUUCCUUAGUGUCCACGAAGGACCGGGAAGAAUAUCGCUGGCUCAUGAUCUAUUUGCUCAAGAUAAUCCACUGGACGAAUUUCAGUUCUUUUCCGAUGAGCCCGGUUAUUACGAGGCUGGACAGUUUGGAAUCCGUCUAGAAAACAUCGUCAUGGUGAAAAAUGCUACCACCAAGUACCGAUUUCCUGGAGCAGAGUUCCUCACCUUUGAGCACGUGACACUGGUGCCAUACGCUCCUAACCUCAUCGACUACGAUUUGCUCAGCGAAAAACAGAUCGAAUAUCUUAAUGACUACAACAAACUGAUACGUGAGAGGGUUGGACCGGAAUUAAAGAAGCAAGGAAGGGACACUGCAUACGAGUGGAUGAUGCAGAAAACCGAAGAGUAUACGAGAAAGACUACGUCAUCCGUUAGUUCCGUUAGUUCGCUCACCGGUUCUUUGUUCUUUAUAAUAUUUGUUUUGUCUGUUGUAUAAAACGUGUAACAUAUGUCUGUACCUUUAAUGUGAAUGCAUAUUUGAGUUUUUUAUACUCUCAUUGUUUUUUUAAACACACUUUAAUCUAGUAAUAGUUGAUUUAUUUUAUUCAAGGCUUUACCGGGAUAAUCCAAACGCAUUUCAAAUACCACAAUUCUUUCAAACAUGAUGUGAGGGGGAAGACUGUAUGGCCUUGUUUUUUAUUAUUAUUGACUUAAUUUUGUUAUCAUAAUUAUAUGUCGCUAUUGGUCACAUGACUAUUUAUGUUACGUCGAGCAUCUAUUGUGUUGUAGCAAGGAAUAAUAAGGAACAAAGCCGAACAUUAAAUUAAUACAUUUGUGAAAAUAUUUAAAAUACUAAAGUUCUUUCAAUUACAGUUUUGCUGUAUGAUAACAUAAAUACUACUCGAAAGACUCGGUUUACAUUUUGAGUUUAUCCCAUUGCAUAUGCACACAAAGUACGUUAAAACAUUGCGACUAUGAAAAUGAAAACAUCCUCAUUCAUGGCAGAUAAUAUCCCAAUGCAUGGCCUCCACACAACAGGCAAAAACUUAAAACGAAAUUUAUAAAUAUCUAACCAUCUGAUAGUUAACAUAAAUUAUUAAAUGAUCGGAUAAACAUCUAUGCGAAAAAACAAAACAAAAAUGAAGGAAAUCUGAAAGAAUAUCAUACGUUGACUCUGUUCGCCAUGUUUAAACUGCAUUUGAGUCAUUGGAAUGGAAUUGGACUUGUCCGGGUACAUGACCAUUCACAUAUGGUUGUGAAACUUAGGUAAAAGGUGAGAACAAGUUUUAUCAAGGAGCAGAACACCACACUUAAUACCGAAAGUAAUAAUUUAUGGUUAAUCACAUGCAUUGUUUAUUAAACUUGAUUGGCAUGAUAAAGAACUAUUUUGCCGAAAGAGAAUAAUGCUUUUUGGGGUGCCCAGUUUUAUUAUAACAAAUAAAAUGUAAACACUUAAAUGUUAAAUGUUUUGAUGUAUUGACAUUUGGUCUGAAGAAUACUUAAGUCAAUUAAGUGUUUUCGCAAGUAAAUAUCACAGUUUUUGUUAAUAGUUUAUAAAUGAGCAUGCCAUCACCUGAUAAGUAUGUCUCUAUAUCUACGUAUGAGAAGGUAUGUGACAUAAUGUUUUAUUACAUUUUUUAAAUAUAAAAUGGUGUUUUCGCUAUGUAUAAGUGUAAUAAACAUUCAAGCUACA